UCUAAUAAGUCCCGGAGGGAGGAGAGUUCCCUUCUUCAUUUGCGAUUAGGGAAGGAGAGAGAGAGAGAGAGAGAGGAUGCCGAACACCGUAACGUUGAUAGGAGCUCUGCUGGGGUUAGGCACCCAGAUGUACUCCAACGCCCUUCGGAAACUCCCUCUUAUGAGGCAUCCGUGGGAGCAUGUCCUGGGCAUGGGACUCGGCGUGAUCUUCACGAACCAGCUGGUGAAAUGGGACGCCCAGCUCCAGGAAGAUCUCGACAAGAUGCUCGAAAAGGCCAAGGCCGCUAAUGAGCGCAGAUACUUCGAUGAUGACGAGUAGCAGUUUCAUGGCCGGAGUUUGCCAAGCACUUCAUCUGCAUGCAUGUGCGACUUUGAGAUUCAAUAUAUCGUUCCAAGAAUUAGUGUAGGGACUUCAAUUUGCACCUACUUGAAAACUGUUUGCUCAUUAUCUGUGAGGUUGGUCUGCUCUGUCACGACUUAAUAAGCUCACAUCUUUCAAAUUGAGUGUUGUUAAUGGUUUUUCCAGAUUGUUCA